GGAGAAGCAAAAAGCUCGUGCGCUAGUAAGGGAGUAAACUUGCAAGAUGGCGGCGCAGUGGGGCGCAGGCAAAGAGACUUUAACUGCCUGCAAUAUGGAUUUUUUCCCUCUGGACACCCUAAGCGAGACUCCUGAGCUGUGCCCUGGAGGAACGCUGGAGGCCCUUCAAAGCUGCUUAGACCCCUCCAUCCUUUCCAUCUUUGACGACAACCCGUCAAUGGAGACUAAAGGACUAGAUGAGGACAGUGAAGCCACACUGUUAACCGCCCUGACGGAGAUCCUCGACAACGUGGACGAUGAAAACCUGUCCCCUUUUGACACGCUGCCUGAGUCGGACUUGCUGUCGAGUCACAAGGGAAGGGAACACUCUCCGCUCAGGAGAUUACUAUGUAUGCCUAGGUCCCCUUCAGAGAAAGGCAUGUCUCUGAGUGCAAGACCCUUGUCAGCUGGAAAGAACCUCUCUAGGAUACCAGUUGACUCACUACAGAGAAGUGACGGGGAGGAAGAAGAAGCUGGCUCUCUGACUCGCAGCCCAGUGAGGCACGGUUUACCUCCAGACUGGGAAGGUGUGACCCUCCCGUUUCCUGUCACCUUUGAGCAGGAGAGUGAUGAUGGCCUUUCAGUCAGCCUGGGGGACUUGGUCAGGCACAUGCACCCAUACUGCAUGGCCAUUUGUGUGGAGAAUGACGAAGGGGUGCAGAUGCUGCCGGAGGGAGGCAUCUUGCUUGAGGUGGUGGAUCAAGGGGAAAAUGGAGAGCCUAUCCUGGUUGUCCCAGACAUGGAUCUACCAGGUCUUAUACCACUCGAAGAGAAGUUAGCAGGGGAGGAAGAAGUAGCCUCCGACACUUCACAACAUAUUGUCGUUGACGAUGAUGACUAUAUUAAUGUGCUGUCUAAGACUCCAGGAAAUAUUCCAGGUUCGUUUUCAGAAGAGAUGAUUAACAAGCAGAAGGAAGAGACCUUAGCCAGAGUUCCCUCCCGUAGAAAAAAGAAAAAGAAGAAACAUUGCCCUCUUGAACUUGUUGAGGGAAGGGUUCUGAGGAGUACCACUGUGAGAAAUCAAAUGCAAGAAUUGCCACAAAAACCUGAAAAAAGACCACCCAAAGAAGAGAAGAACAAUAUUGCAAAGGCUCCAGCUGCUCCUGUACCUCUUGCUUUAAAAUCUAAGAAAAUAAUUUGCCAAAGUGAAGCCCAAGCAGAAAUCAGCAACCCAGAAACAAGUGUGAAAGCUAUGUUUGUGACACCCAGACAGCAUACAGGACCAGCAAAAGCUGGUGCUCCUGAAAGUCCAUUCACCUCCCAACAGCCCAAUGAAAUGUUCAAACAGGUGUCCCAAGCUACCAAUGAGCUCUGUAGCCAACCACCGUUGGUGUCUCCCAGCAGCCAUGCAGCUUCUUCCAACAGCACAGCAUCAACUGUCAGUGAGCCCCUCCCACCCGCGGCCCCUGCAUUUCCAGAAUCAAAGCCCAAGUCCCUCAGUUUGGCCGAGUAUCGACGACUCCGGCUGCAGAAGAAGCCAGUCAUGGUGGAAAAACAAGGCGACAACAGCACCAAGUGGCCCAGCCUGCCGGAGCCCCCCAAAGAACUGACCCCUAUCCCCUGUCUGCCUGACCCUUACCUCAGGGAUCCACGCCGGCCCACCACCCAAGCUGCGAGGAGGGAGGUGGUCGAGAUGAAACCCGCCUGGCAACCACGGGGACCGUGUGCCCCUCCCACCCCAGAGGCUCUGUUAGUGCCGCCAGCCUACAUGGCGGCAUCAGCCAACAAAUCUGGUACCGCUACUUCUAAAUCACAAGAGUCGCAAGCAGUCUCGACUCCUAAAUGUGCAGUGCCCCAGAAACCUUCAGCUGGUACACCUGAUGUUGUCAACCCCCCGCCUCCCACAUCUGAAUGCCAACCUGUGAAUAAGUCGCCUGACAGAAAGUCUGCGCCUAAACUUUCUGAUGCGCAGUUUGCUAAAAUUUCUUCUCAAACCACUUCAGAGAUGGUCAGCUCUGCUGUACUUCCUGUCGCCGAUCGCCUACAGAAGACCACCAUUUCCCAGAAGGGGCCGGAAGUCAUUCCUCCUACCUCUUUAAACAACCUCAGCACAUCUGCAAAGUCCCCCACAGUAAAUGCCAAACGCUGCUCUGCUCCUUCCUUGGCCUUGCAUAGUCUUAAAUCACAAGCUAUCGUGCUUGAAGCAAAUCAGAAAGUCAGUGCACCAGUGGAACCUCCUAAGGCAAAGAGCCCCACACAGGAGUUGGUUGAGUCGUUUACCAGCGAGAUAGGUAUAGAAGCUGCUGAUCUGACUAGCCUGUUGGAACAGUUUGAGGAAACACAAGCCAAAGAGCAGCAAAGUGUACCGGAGGUCUGUGGUAGAGCAGCAGCUGUAGGAAACUCAAGUGCUGAAUUUGCUCGAGAGAAAAUUGUUGUGGAGCGUGUCAGAGCCAAUGAUCUCUCAAGCCCUGCAGCCCUCACUCCUCCAGCCACUCCUCCACACCAGAUGUGGAAACCUCUGGCCCCUGUGGCCCUCCUGAGAAAGGCAAACGUUCCGCUCUCUUCCAAGACCAGCCUCUCCAAGGCUAUUCAGAUAGAAGCGCGCCCUUUACCGUCAGCCAGAUUCCACAGCAAGCCCACGGCAGCUUCUGCCACUGUCUCUCACUGUGUGGUGUGCAUGGAUCAUGAUUAUUGCCUUCCCAGCAAAGGUGCGUCUCCCACUGGAGAGGCGGGCAAGCGAUGGAAUGUCAAACAACAGGCGUUCAUCACAAUUAAACCCAUCAAGCACACUGCUGUCGCCACUACAGUGACCCCGCAGUCCGCCUCCCAGUCUAACACCCAAUCACCAGAGGCUCUGGAUCAUGCCAUGGAGAGGUCUUCUGUUCUGGAGACUCCAGAGGCUUCUCCAGCCCGGCAGGAUAACGAAUCCACUUUUAAAGAAAACACUGCCAGGAAGGGGCCUUUUGAGAGGUCCUAUGGUUGUUACGCUUCCUCUCGCACCCUCAGCCCCAAAGAGAGGGGGAGAAAACGAACAGCCCGACGUUCUCCAUCUGUGUCCAGCAGCAUAGAAUCUGACUCCCAUUCAUCUCGCUCUCGGUCCAGAUCACACUCACCAUCCAAGAAAAGGUAUCGUCACCGCUGCUCUCGCAGCAGAUCCGGCUACUCCUCGCGUUCCUCUUCUCGGUCUUCUGUGUCCCGCUCACCACCCAGAAGGAGAAGGUACUCUUAUUCCUCCUCUCACUCUGGCUCUUGGAGUCGCUCCAGGUCGCGGUCGCAAUCACCUCAAAGAUGUGCACAGUGGAGGAGAAACAGAAGAUUGUGCAGCCCCUCAUAUCGAAGUACCUAUGGACACUGUGAAAAUGCAGAGGAUGUAAAGAGACGGAAGGAGAAAGCCAUUGAGGAGCGACGGGUUGUUUACAUUGGUCGAAUUCUGGGCACAAUGACCCAAAGGGAGCUCAGAGAGCGUUUCUCUUAUUUUGGCAAGGUGGAGGAUUGUACUCUGCACUUUAGGGACCGCGGGGACAACUAUGGGUUUGUGACUUACUACAACACCAAAGAUGCUUUCACCGCCAUCGAGAAUGGAAGCAAACUGCGCAAGCCUGAUGAGCUGCCAUUUGACCUCUGUUUUGGUGGGAGGAGACAGUUUUGCAAGACCAGCUAUUCUGACUUAGAUUCCAACAGAGAGUAUAACCCACCAUCUGCAAAAAGCAAGGUGAAGACACUAGACUUCGACACUUUACUGAGGCAGGCCCAGCAGAGUCUGAAGAGGUAACAAGAGGCCCAUCUCUGGAAGCAGCCCAACACUUACCUCAAAAAGAAGCAAAACUAAAAAAAAAAAAAUUUGUGGCAUCAGUUUCAUUUUUGUUUACAUUUUAUUUUUGUUUUGGCAAGCCUAAUACCUUCUAUUGAAGUGGAAAUUUAUAAGUAAAUGAGCAAAAGAAGUUUAAAAAAAAUGGAAUGUGACAAUUUUUUUAAAUUUUUAUUUAACUGUAAAAACAAAACAAAAUUUAAGUGUAUGGAGGGAAUCACUUUUAAAGACGAUACAUAAAAGGAACUCCGCAAUUGUUUGGAGAGAAUCUACCUGUAUAAUACAUUUGAAUGUACUGCAAACAAAAAUAAAAAAUAGGAACCCGA